AUCAACCCAUAUUGGAGGACUUGGCCUCUUGAUUCGGGAACAAGUUCGACCCAGUCUGAGAUAAGCAUGACAGCCGAUGAUUUAUGCCACAACGAGGACAUAACGCCCCCCCAUUGAUUCAUUCAUUCACUCUUGACCCAAAACGGAAACGCCUAAUGCCUUGGUCAUGACACAUCACCAAUCAAUCAUGUUGUAGCUUGGGGGGAGUCAAACUAAAACCCAUAUAUUGAGGGGAUUGAGUACUUAAGAAAUUUCCUCCAAGAGGGUCACCUAGGCGUCAAACAACGAGGAUAUAACACUCCUGUCCCAUCUCAAUUUCCACAUGCAAGGAUUAUUAUUAUAGACCAAAAAACCUAAUUGAUUCAUUCGCUCUAAAACCCUAAACCUAAACACCUAGUCUUGCUAAGAACAUUCAAUGAUCUCUUCAUCACCGAAGAACCCACUCAAUUUUACAUCCAAAUUCAAAUUUCUUUUCAACUCAUUCUCUUCUCGCUCAGCCAAAUCCAAUUUCAACGAAGAACAACAACUACCAUCCAACGCCAUCGACCGAAUCGUUCUCCAAUUCCGCAAUUUAUCUGAUCAAAACGAUGAUGAACCAAUCCGAACCCUACUUCCAAAUUACUUUUUGCACCGUCAAUGGAUUCGCUCCGACGAGUCGGUUAUUCCGUCGGAGGAGGUGGAACAUAAAUUAUUGAAGAAGAAGAAGAAGAAUGAAGUAACUGUGCCGUGUUUGGAGAAAGAAGAACUUAGUCGAUUGCGAACAAUGGGAAUUCAUCUGAAGCAGAAAAUCAGUAUCCCAAAAUCUGGCCUCACGCGUUCUGUGCUUCAAAGAAUCCAUCAUCAGUGGAAUACCAAUGAGUUGGUGAAGCUCAAAUUUCACCAGCAACUUGUUCAGAAUAUGAAUCUUGCUCAUAACAUCGUGCAGCGGCGAACUGGAGGAUUAGUUAUUUGGAGGUCAGGAAGUGUUAUGUGGGUGUAUCGUGGUAAGAGUUAUCAAGGGCCAACAAAUGGGAACCAACAUGAAUCAAAGGGAGGUGAUGAAAAGAGUGAGUCAGUUGUGUUGAAUCAACAACAGCCUGAAAACAUGACGCCAGAGGAGGCAGAGUUCAACCGGAUGCUUGAUGAUUUCGGUCCCCGUUUUGUUGACUGGUGGGGUACAGGAAUACUUCCCGUUGAUGCUGAUUUGCUCCCCCCUACGAUUCCCGGUUACAGAACUCCGCUUAGGAUUCUUCCUGCUAGAAUGCAUCCGCGACUUACCAACGAUGAGCACACGAAAAUGCUGAAACUUGCCAAAGCUCUUCCUUGUCAUUUUGCCCUGGGGAGAAAUAGAAAUCUUCAAGGCCUGGCAUGUGCUAUUCUUAAGCUGUGGGAGAAAAGUUUGGUCGCAAAGAUUGCUGUCAAGCUUGGUGUCCAGAAUACAAAUAAUGAACUGAUGGCUCUGGAACUGAAGAAAUUAACAGGAGGUACCUUACUGCUAAGGAAUAAAUAUUACAUCUUAAUAUAUCGCGGAAAAGACUUCAUUCCAACCAGUGUGGCUGCCAUUUUAUCUGAAAGACAGGAGAAUGUGCAAUGCAGAGCUGUUGAUGUAUCUGGGGAAGAUGAAACAUCUGCACAAGCAGGAUCAAUGGCUGAGUUCAAUGAGGCUCAAGCACUCUGUGGAAGGGAAAUUUCUACUGAAGAAUGUGAGAAGAUGAUGAAAGAGGCUGCUGAAGCCACAAAUGUUAGGCUUAUGAAAAAAAUUGAACGUAAACCAGCUGUUAUACAUGAACAUACCGACACCAAGAAGUCAAGAGCAGAAAAACUAUUAGCUAAAAUUGAUUCAUCUAUGGUUCCAGUUGGUCCUGAUAAUAGGAGGGAAACAAUCACAGAUGAAGAACGUGUUAUGUUCCGUGUGGUUGGUUUAAGACUGAAGGUAUACUUGCAACUUGAUACACUUGGUGUUUUUGAUAGUGUCAUUGAGAAUAUGCAUUUGCACUGGAGGCAGCGAGAACUUGUUAAAUUAAUAACAAAGCAAAAGAGCCUUGCUUUUGUUGAAGAAACGGCUAGUUUACUGGAAUACAAGAGUGGUGGAAUACUUGUAGCAAUAGAUAGACUUCCCAAAGGAUUCUCUCUUAUCUACUAUCGUGGAAAGGAUUAUAAGCGGCCCAUUACUCUACGACAUAGGAACCUUUUGACGAAGACAAAAGCAUUGCAACAUUCAAUAUCCAUGCAACGACAUGAGAGUGAAGGUGAAGAAUCUGAUGGUAAUGGUGGUGGUUUUGAUGAUACGGAAGACAAUGAUUGGGAUGAUGAGAAUUCCAAAGUUUUGGACACAAAAUGAUGGGUGUCCUCUAGAAGGCAGAUUGAAGUAUUUGCAUAAUAAUAAUGCCUAGGUUCUUAUCUAUGUUAACUUGCACAUGUUAAUGCAUACGUGAACAUAUCAAUACACUACAUAUAAUAUAUGUAUCUAAAUAUUUUUAGCCAUUUUAAAAUCGGACCGAAGCAGACAAUUCGCAA